UCUGAUGGACGUUUUAAAAAGGAUAAUGAAGAAAUAUACAAAUUAUAUCUUUCUUUGUUUGUUACUUGUAUUAGAUUUUCUUACUUAUGUAAGAUUAGAAACAACUGAACCUAUGGUGGAAUUUUGGACGAUACCGGCGCAAUUAGAGACAUUCCCUAUCGAAUCAUCAGUAUCUCAAUGCGCCACAGAACUAAUGGAGUGCUACUCUAUGACUAUUUUUAAAAUAGCCGUAUGUGCUGUCAAUUCCCAAACUGGACAGGGCUCUCGUGCAUCUAAGAAAUCCUUCCCAACAUUCUGUGAUAUGCAUUAUCGGAAUUGUAAAAGUGACGUAGAGACGUGGCAUUACUUAAAAGACGAUGAUGGAUCGGGAAAGUGUUAACGGUUUGAAAAUUUAAUAUUAAAAUACGUCCACGC